CAGAGUUUGUUGACCAGCUCAAACCUAAUUCAUCUAGAAGUAGAAGUCUAUACGAGAACAGAGUGACGCCAACGCAAGAGGCAGGGGCAGGUUCUCCACCACACCAUUCUCUCUACGUGCAAGUCAAAACCGGCAUUCGCACGAGUCACAAACUUCACCGAACUUCCGUAUAAAUUCUCUUCUCUUCCGUGAUUAUUACUGAAAGAGGAAUAGAAUAGUCAGCGAUGGCACAGAAGAGAUUCAUCAUCGAGGUCGAGAAGGCGAAGGAGGCGAGCGAAGGAAGGCCUUCGAGAGGACCUGUCUAUCGUAGCCUCUUCGCCAAGGAUGGAUUCCCUGCUCCUAUCCAAGGUCUCAAUAGUUGCUGGGACGUUUUUCGAUUGUCUGUUGAGAAAUAUCCAUCAAAUCCAAUGCUUGGUCGCCGGGAAAUUGUGGAUGGGAAGCCGGGCAAGUACAAGUGGCUAACAUACAAAGAAGUAUAUGACCAGGUGAUGAAAGUUGGGAAUUCUAUCCGCAGCUGUGGUUAUGGAGAAGGUGUAAAAUGUGGUAUUUACGGUGCUAAUUCUGCAGAAUGGAUUAUGAGCAUGCAGGCUUGCAAUGCUCAUGGACUUUAUUGUGUUCCUUUAUAUGAUACCUUGGGUGCUGGGGCUAUAGAGUUUAUUAUAUGCCAUGCAGAGGUCUCAAUUGCAUUUGCAGAAGAAAAGAAAAUACCUGAGCUAUUGAAGACAUUUCCAAAUGCAACAAAGUAUCUCAAGACAAUUGUAAGCUUCGGAAAGGUUACCCCUGAACAAAAGCAAGAAGUUGAAAAUUCUGGGUUGGAAAUAUAUUCAUGGGAUGAAUUCUUACAAGUGGGUCAAAAUCAGAGUUUUGAUCUUCCUAUUAAGAAAAGGAGUGACAUCUGUACAAUAAUGUAUACUAGUGGAACUACUGGUGACCCCAAGGGAGUGUUGAUAUCAAAUGAGAGUAUUAUUACUCUCUUAGCUGGGGUUAAGCGACUGUUGGAGAGUGUAAAUGAACAAUUGACUGAGAAGGAUGUAUACAUAUCAUACCUUCCACUUGCACAUAUAUUUGAUAGGGUCAUUGAGGAGACAUUCAUAUGGCAUGGUGCUUCAAUAGGUUUCUGGCGUGGGGAUGUCAAAUUGUUAAUUGAAGAUGUUGGCGAACUAAAACCAACUAUUUUCUGUGCUGUUCCCCGUGUGCUUGAUAGAGUGUACUCAGGUUUGACGCAGAAGAUUUCUUCUGGGGGCUUCUUGAAGAAGACAUUAUUCAACUUUGCUUAUUCAUAUAAGCUUAAUAACAUGAAGAAAGGGCUUAGACAUGGAGAAGCAUCUCCACUUCUUGAUAAAAUUGUGUUUGACAAGGUAAAGCAAGGUUUAGGGGGUAGAGUACGUCUUAUUUUGUCUGGAGCAGCACCUUUAUCUGCACAUGUGGAAGGUUACUUACGGGUGGUGACUUGUGCUCAUGUCCUACAGGGAUAUGGUCUGACUGAAACCUGUGCGGGAACCUUUGUCUCAUUACCAAAUGAAAUAGAAAUGCUUGGAACAGUGGGCCCUCCUGUACCAAAUGUGGAUGUUUGCCUGGAAUCUGUUCCUGAAAUGGGAUACGAUGCCCUAGCAAGUACACCAAGAGGAGAAAUUUGUGUAAAGGGAAAAACCUUGUUUGCAGGGUACUACAAACGUGAAGACCUCACUAAAGAGGUUCUGAUUGAUGAAUGGUUCCAUACAGGGGAUAUUGGAGAGUGGCAACCUAAUGGAAGCAUGAAAAUUAUUGAUCGGAAGAAGAAUAUAUUUAAGCUUUCACAAGGAGAAUAUGUUGCUGUCGAAAACCUGGAGAAUAUUUACGGUCAAGUUUCUUCUAUUGAAUCUAUAUGGGUUUAUGGAAACAGUUUUGAGGCCUUCCUUGUGGCUGUUGUUAACCCCAGUAAGCAAGCACUUGAACAUUGGGCCCAAGAAAAUGGUAUAUCCAUGGACUUCAAUUCUCUCUGUGAAGAUGCUCGAGCAAAAAGUUACAUAAUUGAAGAGCUCUCAAAGAUUGCGAAGGAAAAGAAGUUGAAAGGUUUUGAGUUUAUAAAAGCAGUUCACCUUGACUCAAUUCCAUUUGACAUGGAACGUGACCUUAUCACUCCAACAUACAAGAAGAAGAGGCCACAGUUGCUUAAAUACUAUCAGAAUGCCAUUGACAACAUGUAUAAGAGUGGAAGUAAACCCAGUGCCUGAGACCUGAUUUGGGAGAUAAUUUAUUUUCUGUAUGUGAUGGUGUUUGUCUCCGUUCAAUUGUUUCCUUUUGGUGACUGUAUAUACGCUGAGUAGUUAUAUAUGGAUACGUCAUUUAUUUUGAUUUUUUUUUUCACGUCAUAUUAUCUAUUCUACCGGACUUAUCUAAGUAAGUUGUCUUUCUUCUCUUUUUC